AUGGGUCUCCAUGACAUGCCCACCGAAUUGCUCGUGGAUGUCGCCUCUUACCUUGAGAAGGACGCCGACGUAAACAACCUCGCUCGCACCAGCCGCCAGCAGUACACCCAGCUGAACUCGUAUCUCUAUGCCCGCAACGUUGCGAGGUAUGACCACAUGAAGCAUGGCUAUGGCGAGGUCUAUCGCCGCAUCGCCUUGAUCCGCGCAGCCAGGUCCGGCGGCCCUCUGGAGACAUUCAGGAAGGCCAUGCAGGCCAACAAUGCCAAGAGGUCGGAGAACAGGAGGAAGCUUGCCGACAUGGCACUCCGAGAGGCCGUCUACUAUGGCCACGCCGACCUGGUUCGGCUCCAGCUGGCCAUCGAUGAGGAUCUCGACAUCACCAAGACGCGGCAAUUCGGGCGCAGCAUGCUCUAUUCCCCCGAAGCUCUCAGAAACGAGGCCGUGUUCCGCGUGCUCCUCGACUCGGGUCGGUUCGACCCAUUUGCCAAGGAUAAUCAAGGAAUGACCCUUCUCUUCCAGGCGGCCGCACAGGGAAGGCUGCCAGUCUGUCGCAUCCUGCUCGCCCUCGAGGGCAUCGACCCCGACGCAAAGGACUCGGGCGGCUCGACGCCCUUGUCAAAGGCGGCUGAAGGUGGCCACCUGGAGAUAAUGAGGGCGCUCAUUAGCACGGGAAAAGUGAAUGUCAAUUCUGUCGACGUCGCUGGGUUCACGCCAUUGAGGCGCGCAGUCAAAUGCAGCCAGACGGAGUCGGUGAAGCUUCUGCUUGACACUGAAGGGAUUGAUCUCGACGCGGGAUCGCCGCGCGACCUUACCAUUCUCCAGCAGGCCGCCACCAAUGGAAUGACCGAAGUGGUGCAGAUCUUAUUGGCAAGGGGGACUGACGUAAAUGAAGUCUACUGCAGCAACACCGCUCUUACAUUUGCGGCGUCAGCUGGACAGGAAGAAGCCACCAAAGUGCUGCUGGCUGCAGAGGGCGUCUGGAUCAACGCAAACCCUCCCCAUGUCAUCGGCUCACCUCUCGCCAUUGCUGCUCGUAGGGGACAUGUAGGAAUCGUUCGACUCUUGAUCGGCAAGGAAGGCAUUGAGCUGGAUAGGCCAGACCGCAAUAACUUCACACCCUUCCUCCACGCUGCGAAUCAUGGUCAGCGCGAUGUUGUGGGAGAGCUGGCCAAGACCGGCCUGGUCGACGUGAACUUCUUCGGCCCUGGUUCAUCACCGGCACUGUCGAUUGCAUGCAAGGAGGGCGACGCUUUUAUGGUGAGAGAGCUGCUCGCCCUGCCGGCCAUCAACGCAGAUCUGCCAGAUGCGAACGGUAAGACUCCGCUCGACUACGCUGCGGAAAAAGGAAAGGAGGACGUUGUCGAGGCGCUGCUUAAGCGAAGGGAGGUUUUGACUGGAUCUGCGCUGCGCGAAGUGCACCACCCGUACGAACUCGUUCCGGCUCAACAUUCUCAGGAAGCGGCUGCUGCGUUGCGCCCGUGGUAUGAUCGACGGGGGACUCCCAUCGGGGAACUAGAGGACUUUAUUCAGAGCGCGUUGAUGCCGGGAUCCUUUUCUGACGACGAUGAUGUUUUGGACUGA